CGAGUGCGCGGGGCGCGGGCCGGGAGUGGGAGCGACCGUGCGUCUGCGGCGCACUGUGCGGGUCGGCCACCGGCCCCGGGCCCGUUCGGGACCCAGACGCUGAGCGCAGCCUCCAGCCGGGGCGUUUCAGCGGCGGGGGGUACAGCCGAGGUGGCGUUUCCGGAGUUCGGAGGCACUCCUUGACGCGGCUAUUUGGUUUUUCUAGUUUUCAACUACCGAAGAAGGUGCUUGGGUAUCAGAGACAUGAAUUACGCACGGUUCCUCACCGCCACGAGCGCAGCGAGAAAGCCUUCUGCCAUCCGAGUCAUGACUGAGACUUGGAGCAGGGCACCGAAAUCAGUCAUCUCCUUGGCUCCUGGAUCACCAAACCCCAAUACGUUCCCUUUUAUGACUGCUGUUAUCACCAUAAAAAAUGGAAAGCCCAUCCAAUUUGAUGAAGGGAUGAUGAAGAGAGCACUUCAGUAUUCUCAAAGUGCCGGAAUCCCAGAGCUGUUGUCCUGGCUAAAACAGUUACAAGUAAAAUUGCAUAAUCCUCCCACCAUCAAUUAUCCAACCAGCCAAGGACAGAUGGACAUAUGCAUAACAUCUGGCAGCCAAGACGGUCUUUGCAAGGUGUUUGAAAUGAUGGUUAAUCCUGGAGAUAAUGUCCUCCUAAAUGAACCUGUUUAUUCAGGAACACUUCAAGCUCUGAAGCCACUGGGCUGCAACAUCAUUAAUGUUGCCAGUGAUGAAUAUGGGAUUAUUCCGGACUCCCUCAAAGAAGUACUUUCCAAAUGGAAACCAGAAAACUCAAAGAACCCCAAGAAAAACACCCCCAAGUUUCUUUACACUGUUCCAAAUGGCAACAACCCUACUGGAAACUCAUUAACAAGUAAUCGCAAGGAGGAAAUCUAUGAGCUCGCAAGAAAAUAUGAUUUCCUCAUCAUAGAAGAUGAUCCUUACUAUUUUCUCCAGUUCAGCAAGUCCUGGGCACCAACAUUUCUUUCCAUGGACAUUGAUGGGCGUGUCAUCAGAGCUGACUCUUUUUCAAAAGUCCUCUCCUCUGGGUUGAGAAUAGGGUUUUUAACCGGUCCAAAAGCCUUGAUAGAGAGAGUUGUCUUACACACACAAGUUUCAACCUUGCACCCCAGCACUUUUACACAGCUUCUGGUAUCACAGCUUCUACACCAAUGGGGAGAAGAGGGUUUCCUGGCUCAUGUAGAGAGGGUUACUGAUUUCUAUAGGAACCAGAGGGAUGCAUUACUGGCAGCUGCAGACAAAUGGCUAAGUGGUUUGGCAGAAUGGCAUGUUCCUGCUGCUGGAAUGUUUUUAUGGGUUAAAAUUAAGGGCAUUUCUGAUAUAAAACAACUGAUUGAAGAAAAAGCCAUUAAGAAAGAGAUAUUAAUGCUUCCUGGAAAUGUCUUCUACAUUGAUAGCUCAGCUCCUAGCCCUUACUUUAGAGCGUCCUUCUCUUCAGCUUCUCCAGAACAGAUGGAUAUGGCCUUCCAGAGAUUAGCCCAGCUUAUUAAAGAAUCUUUAUGAAGAGAUCAAACUCUUUAUGAAGAAAUCAGAAUCUUCCAUGGGUUUUUCACAUAAAUUAUUUUUAGCUUUUAGCAGGAAGAAAUGAUCAUUGGCAUUAGACUUACAGAUUGGAUUUCAAUAAGCAUGUCAUAUCUGCAGUAAUUUAACUAGACAACUUUUAUUUUAUUUUAUUUUUUUUUUUAAAGAUUUUAUUUAUUUGAGAGAGAGACUGAGAGAGAGAGAGCAUG